UAAUCCUGAAAAGCUUCUUCCCCCUACUUAUAACUAUACAUGCGUACAUCCAAAAGUGCUUAUUAGCUUAAGUGCUUUCACGAUCGAGCUCUGACUCUGACCAGAGCAUAAAGGAGUAAGGACAAGGGAGCCGUUGCUAUUCACAAGAGGGAAGGAGAAGAACGUUGAAGAAAUUGGUUGGAGCUCAGAGAGGAAGGAGAAAAGCACAAGCAGAAGCUGUUUGAGAGAAGAAGGAAAGAGAGCAAAUGGGAAGUGGGUUCUUCCGGCUUGUCAUUGCCACUUCAGUGCUGCUUACACUUUUGGAUGUUUGCCGAGGAAGUACCAUUGGAAUUUGCUACGGUAGAAAUGCUGAUGAUCUUCCGACGCCUGACAAAGCAGCGCAGCUUGUGCAGCUCCAUAACAUUAAAUAUGUUAGGAUUUACGACUCCAACAUACAAGUUCUCAAGGCCUUUGCAAACACUGGCGUUGAACUUAUGAUUGGGGUUCCAAAUUCAGAUUUGUUGGCGUUUUCACAGUUCCAAUCCAAUGUAGACACUUGGCUCAAGAACAGCAUCCUGCCUUACUACCCAGGGACGAAGAUCACAUACAUAACGGUUGGAGCUGAAGUUACUGAGAGUUCCAGUAAUUUCUCUGCCCAAGUAAUGCCAGCCAUGAGAAAUGUCCUCACAGCCUUAAAAAAAGUUGGUCUGUCUAAGAAGAUCAAAUUAUCAAGCACACAUUCCCUCGGUGUUCUGUCCCGAUCAUUUCCUCCCUCAGCAGGGGCUUUUAAUAGCAGCCAUGCGUCUUUCCUGAAACCGCUGUUGGAAUUCCUCGCUGAAAACCAGUCACCCUUCAUGGUUGAUAUUUAUCCAUACUAUGCUUACAGAGAUUCUCCAAGCAAUGUCACUUUGGAUUACGCUCUAUUUGAUGCAUCGUCAGAAGUUAUUGAUCCAAACACUGGUUUGAUAUACACUAACAUGCUCGAUGCUCAGAUUGACGCUAUAUAUUACGCGCUGAUGGCCCUGAAUUUCAAAACAAUCAAAGUUAUGGUCACUGAGACGGGCUGGCCUUCAAAAGGAUCGCCUAAAGAGACAGCUGCAACUCCUGAUAAUGCACAAACUUACAAUACCAAUUUGAUUCGCCAUGUCAUUAACAACACUGGCACUCCUGCAAAGCCCGGAGAGAGGCUGGAUGUGUACAUCUUCUCUUUGUUCAACGAAAAUAGGAAGCCAGGGUUGGAAUCUGAGAGGAACUGGGGGCUAUUUUACCCAGACCAGACUAGCGUCUACAACCUGGAUUUCACUGGAAAAAGUUCGGUGGAUAUGAUUACAGAGACUAAUGUUACCAGUUCAAAUGGAACGACACCGACAUGGUGCAUUGCUUCGAGUAAGGCUUCUGAACUCGACUUACAGAAUGCCUUGGAUUGGGCUUGUGGUCCUGGGAAUGUGGACUGUAGAGCUAUUCAGCCUAGCCAGCCUUGUUUCGAGCCAGAUAAUACCGUUUCUCAUGCGUCGUACGCAUUCAACAGUUAUUACCAGCAAAAUGGGGCCACUGAUAUUGCUUGCAGUUUCGGAGGAACAGGGUUCAAGGUCGAUAAGAACCCAAGCUAUGACAACUGCAUCUAUAUGACUACUGGGAGCAACAAAACCGUGCCAAGUAAUACGACUGCAAUAUCUUCUACUUCUUCCUCUUCCACAAUGAGCGGAGUUCCGGUGUGGAUUUGUAGUUGCUUUCUGGUGACUUUCAUGUCGUUUCUUUCCCCGGAUACCAGAUAAUGGCGAUUCUUGUAUUCCGGUGAUUAGUGUGACGCAGGGAGCGGCGUUGGUUUGAAAGUUUUUGCCCCAUUUUCAAGGGGAAUGUAAUUGCUGAACAUCAAACUGCUCCCCAAGUUUUGUAUGAUAGUGCUUCGUCUUCUGAA